AUGACGGGCACCACUGCCCUCUUUCGGGUGGAAUUAGACCUGCGCAGCUGCUUCAUCCAGCAUCACACGCUGCGAAGUCGCCUGGGUGCAAGAAAGAGUGACCACUCCUGCAGCAGUGCUGGCAGUGAUGCUACCAUGAGGAGAGCUAAACUGGAGUCCAGCACUUUCCAGCUGUCCAUGCCAAGCAGAGCUCAGGUGAACAGCAGACUGAAACCUAAGCUGUCUCAGGACACGAAGUCUCCAGCCUUACCAUGGGCACUGGGACCUCUUCUCACUGAUGGUGUGCCACCAAGGAGUGACAAGUGCGAGGGACACAGUGAAGGUGAAGAGACUCUUAGCUCAGGCAAGAAAGAAUUUGAUGUGCAGGCACUUCAGGGAGCUUCUGAGAGGUACCUAUUUGCCAGUGAGGUCCACAACUCUGAGGGUUCAGUGUCUGAUGAUUGUUUCACCCACACAUGGGGUUGGCAGCGCUGGGGCUCUGAGGACAGCAGCGGAUGCUCAGGCUUUGCAAAAUGCAUUUCUCUCUCAGGUACAUGCUCUUCUGAAGUAAGAAACCAAUUAAAUGAAUCAAAUGAACUCAUUUACAGCCUUGGCACUAAAGCACAGACUAAAGGUCAACAGCAUCUGCUGAUUUUGGAUGAUACAAACCACGACUGCCCUGCUAUUUUUGUUUUCCUGAGGAUUUGGCAUUAUUUUGAGCUUUACCACAUGGAAACACAGGUCUUCCUGUCCCCGGCUGCAGCUUUGAACAUACAGGUCUUCAUUGGCCCAAUCUCAAAUCAGGGGGCUGUAGCCCCAGCCCUUCACCUAGAAGUGCUCAGCUCUGGAAAUGCUGUGGCCCUGGUGCUGGACCUCACACCGCAGGACAGUUUCUUCAUCUGCACCCUCAACACAGAGCACAGCCGAACAGAGCAAGGGUCCCCAUGUCAUCUCCUGCCCUCUUGACAUUCACCCUGAAGUAGAUCAAGCUGGUGGGAGUGAUACAGCUGAAAGACAGGCACACAGGGUGUGGU